CCCUAUUAAUGCGCUCUACUUUCUCUCGCAAACUCGCAAUGGCGUCGAGGAGGGCGCUGUGCAAAGCGAUCGCGGCCAGGCGAUUGCUCGGGAGCUCCACGCGCAUUGGAGCUCACGGCCUCUGGUACGUCGGCGCCCAGGGAAGCGAUGGAUUUCUGCUCGACAAGCCGCGGGAUUUUGACGAUUGGAGGAUGAUUCCUCGCGUCUUGAGUAUUUUUGGCCCGCGAUUCGUUUCCACUUCCUCGCAGCAGCGUCCAUCGGAGGAAGAACAAGAAGGUCGCGGUAAAGCUUCGUCCAAAUUGGAGGCCGGAGAAGAAGGCUGGGCAGCGAAGGAUUUUUUCACUUGGCCAAACACCAUUUCUCUCGGACGGCUUGCUCUUGGGCCGGUGCUCGCCUGGGCGAUCGUGGAGGGAUAUACAGGAACAGCAUUUUGGGGAAUGCUAGUGGGAGGAUUCAGUGACUGGCUCGAUGGCUACAUUGCAAGAAGAACAAAGGAAAAGUCGGCUCUCGGCUCCUAUCUUGAUCCCCUUGCUGACAAGGUUCUCAUAGGAUCCGUGGCAUUGUCGAUGACGUAUACGGGGCUUCUAUCUCCUCCAAUGGUGGUGCUGAUAGUGGCCAGAGAUGCGGUUCUUGUGACGGGCGCCUUCUACCUUCGUGCUCGCUCGCUAAAAUGGAAGUGGUCUGGUUGGGGAGAGUUUGUCAAAGGCGCUCCUAAGGUGCAACCGAUCUUCAUCAGCAAGGUGAACACGGCUCUCCAGCUCCUCCUCAUCUUUGCGGCACUUCUCGAGCCAAACUUCUCCCACCAAGGCAUCAACAUGGACUUGGUACAAUUCUUCUUGAGCUGUUCUGUGGCGGCCACAACUCUCGGUUCCUGGGCUUGCUACGGUGUGCUCUUCUACCGAGACACGAAGGGGAGGCUCUCUGCAAGGCAGUGACUGAGAAGUUUCGCUUGAGUCAGCUCACAAAUUUUUCCUGGGAGACGCUAACGCUCGUAAGUCCACCACCUCGUUUCAACUAGCGGGAGAGGUGGACCGUCGGGGCUGAGACACAUCAGCUUCGUCCAGAAAACGCUCUGGAACACCUCGCUAGGAUCCGGCGGGCGGAGGCAAUCCUCGACUGAAUGAGACGCUGAGGAUAUAUUACUCGGUGAGAUAUCUCAUUAUACAAUGUCAAGUUUGCGUAAAAGCAACUUUGUGCUUGCGAGUUGAGAGCACUUCGUAUCUCGCAAGAUCA